AUGCCUCCUCCGCCUCUCCGACCCUGCCUCAAGAUCGACCACCCGUCUGCCGCCGCGAAUAGCCCCAGCCCCUUCCCCUUCGCGGCCUGCUCCAACGUCCUCUCCCCACGCGUCCACUUCCCUCCCACCCCCGCCCUCACCUCCACCCACCUCACCCACUCCUCCAAACACUACGACCGCGCCCCCAUCGUCGUCGCACCCAACGCAUGCGCCCUCCCCGAGCGCAACGGGCGCACAUACAGUCCCCCGUCCGAGCCCAUGCGCCCUUCAAAAACAAAGGCACCGCCAUACGCGCAGGCGCAGGCGCAGGCCCACGCGGUCAAGGGCAGCUAUUUCCACCCCCGCGCGUUCGAGGCAUGCGAGCGCGAGCCUAGCACCGUCCCCGUACCCCCCUUCGACCCUCCACCACCACUCGUCCCCGACAUCUCCUCCUCGGAGUCUGACGAGUCUGACACCUACCUCACCACCCCUCCCGAUCCCCACCACUACCCCCACAUGCCGUUCCAGCUCCCGAGCAAUCACCACGCCCACGCGCCCAUGGCGUACCCGAGGGACGACAAGGGAGCCGCGAUGCUGUUCUUGCCUCAUCCGCCCUCGCCGAAGCAGGAGAGGCAGAGGGAGAGGGAGAGGGCGAGGAGCCCGAGCCGCACGCGGGGGCACCGGCAAACCAAGAGAAGCGAAUUCGCGGCGCCGGAGUUGGACGGUUGUUUAGGCGGGUUCUGAUCCUGCGACAGUUUUCCAAGUUUUCCUUGCACGACAUUCACGGAAGCUUCAUGCCACGCAUCGAUACCCAUCAUGCUGUACUACUUACUCUCUCAUCCCCAUUCGUCUCAUAUCACUUGAGCAGUUUGGCAUACCCGCAGGCACGCUAAUAUUAAUUGUACUUCUUCAGCUUC